AUGGCACCCAAGAAGGCUAAGAGAAACGCUGACACCAUCAACUCGCGCCUGGCGCUUGUGAUGAAGUCUGGCAAGGUCACUCUCGGAUACAAGUCUACCCUGAAGAGCCUUCGCAACGGCAAGGCCAAGCUUGUCAUCAUUGCUGGCAACACUCCUCCUCUGCGCAAGUCGGAGCUUGAGUAUUACGCUAUGCUUUCCAAGACCUCCGUUCACCACUUCUCUGGCAACAACAUUGAGCUUGGUACUGCUUGCGGUAAGCUCUUCCGCUGCUCCACUAUGUCCAUCAUCGAUGCUGGUGACUCUGAUAUUCUGAGCGCCGACACUGCUUAA